UGGUGACUGGGAUUUGGGAUUUGGGACCAUAAAUGGAAGAAGCCAACAGCUUGCAAUCUGCUUCUUCCCUUUCUUUCUCCCAUUCAGAUUCUUGCUGACAUUUGCUUUUCUUUUCAUGAUUUUUAAUUAAUUUAUUUAUUUUAGUGUUUGAUUUUUUCCCCAAUAGCCUUUUGGGUUUCGAAGGCCAUCUUCGUCUUUCCCAUGAAUUUCAUGCCCCGAGCCUCUGCAAAUGUCCGGUUAUUUUACAGAAAAACGAUCGUGAUGACUGAUUGUAUAAGGCAACCUGGGCUUCGCAAACUUCAGAAAUUUUGAUUACGAUUUCUCAGCUUGUGGCCCGAAAGCUUGCGUGUUUUGCGAUCAGAUUUGUAUUUAUGUUGUAGGGUUGCAGGGGCAUGUGAGAAUCACGGCUGAAUUGCAGGGGAAAAAGAAGAAAUGACUGAAACGGCGUCGUCUUCUGUGGAUUCACGUCGUUUCGGUGAUCUGAGAGGGGUCCAAUGGCGAGUGGAUUUGGGGAUUUUGCCGUCUUCUCCGUCUUCUUCCAUUGAUGACCUUCGCAGGGUCACAGCCAAUUCUCGUAGAAGUUAUGCAUCUUUGAGGAAACAACUUUUAGUCGAUCCACAUUUACCAAAAGAUGGCAGUAACUCCCCUGAUCUUGUCAUGGAUAAUCCGCUGUCCCAAGACCCGGACAGCAUGUGGAGCCGCUUUUUCCGAAACGCUGAGCUGGAGAGGAUGGUUGACCAAGAUUUGACUCGCUUAUACCCUGAACGUGGCAGCUACUUUCAGACGAGCGCUUGCCAAGGCAUGUUACGGAGGAUUUUACUGCUUUGGUGCCUUAGGCACCCGGAAUGCGGUUACAGACAAGGGAUGCACGAGCUUCUGGCCCCACUCCUGUACGUCCUCCACGUCGACGUCAACCGUCUCUCGGAAGUCCGUAGGGCCCACGAGGACCACUUUGUCGACAAGUUCGACGGCCUCUCAUACAACGACAAGUUCGACUUCAAGAAACCCCCGGAAGCUUCCGGAGACUUCCGCUACCCGAACCCGGAAAACAAUCCCCCCAAACCCAGAAGCCUCUCCGACCUCGAUCCUUCCACCCGAACCAUCGUCCUCCUUAGCGAUGCCUACGGCGCCGAGGGCGAGCUCGGCACCGUCCUCUCAGAAAAGUUCACCGAGCACGAUGCCUACUCAAUGUUCGACUCCCUCAUGCGCGGGCCCCACCUCGCCAUGUCAGACCUUUUCUCCCCGUCAUCCUAUUUGUCGGGGCUUUCACCUAUAAUCGAGGCCUCAUCCGCAGUGUACCGUGUCCUCGCCGCGGCAGAUCCGUCCCUCCACGCCCAUUUGGUCGAGCUCGGAGUCGAGCCGCAGUAUUUUACCCUCCGUUGGCUGCGCGUGCUUUUCGGACGCGAAUUCUCUCUCGAGAACCUGUUGCUCGUCUGGGACGAGACUUUUGCGUGCGAGAACUCGAUUUUUUGCGGAAAGGAUGAUGACGUGGCGGAGUCGUGCUUCGUUGGGGUGCUCGACUCGCCCAGGGGAGUUUUUAUUGUGUGCUUUGCGGUUUCGAUGAUACUCAAGCUGAGGUCGUCCUUGCUGGCGACGGAGAACGCGACUGUAUGCCUGCAGAGGCUGUUGAAUUACCCGAACGACGUGGAUUUGAAGAAGCUGAUAUCGAGGGCGAAGUCCUUGCAGGUGGUGGCAAAGGGGAUUUUUGAUCCGGGCCUAUCAAAAAAGCCCGUAAUUGCUAGAGGCCACACGCUGUCGUUGGAUUCGGCUUCUCCUCGAACGCCAUUGAAGGAGAGCUAUUGGGAGGAGAAAUGGAGAGUUGCGAACAAGGAAGAGGAGAGGCUGUUAUGCAGGAGUGAGUCCGAACCCUGUUCCUCGUCUAUGAAAUUGGAUUCGCUGAAAAAAAUUAAGGAGCCGUUUAGUUUGUUGGAGGAUCUUGCGUGGCAGCUUCAAGAUGAUAAUAGAAAGAACGCAGGUUGUAAUAAUAAUAAUGAUGAUGAUGAUGAUGAUGUUAAAGAAACUGCAGUGUGUUAUGGUGACGAAAUUGAAGGACGAGAUGAUGUCACCCCCAAGAAAUUUGGUAAAUUUCCGAGUGAAGUCGAGAACUUUCCGGAUUUCUCAGAUCCCAACAGUCCGCAGAGGAUUAACAGGGAAAAUAGUGAUGUGGAGAAUGUAUCGGGAUGUAGCAGUGUCGCGUCGAACUCAUCCGUGGAUGAGAAUAAUUAUGCUAAAAAACGUUUGGCUGAUGAUGAAUGCAACGUGUCGUCAAAAUGCUAUUCACAUAAAAAUGACGAUGAUGAUUCAGUAAAAAAAUCAUCUACAACAACAGGGGUGAAAGAGGAGAGGAAAGGUAAACUCCAGUGGCUGUGGAAGCUCGGGCGGCAUACGGGCCAAGGAGAAAUGCCUUCCAGGCCUUGUGAUGUAAAAAGUUGUAAGAAUGGUGAAAUUAGCCGGGUUAAUAAUAAUGUCACUUCUUUUUCUUCAAGUAAGAGCUCGACUGAGACGAGCAGAGGGGAUGUGGUCGAACAAAAUUUGAUGGUUAGCUUGAGAAAUCUUGGUCAGUCCAUGGUGGAUAACAUUCAGGUGAUUGAAUCCGUCUUACAGGAGGGACACGGUCAAUUUCGAUCGUCAGAGAAUUUGCCAAACGAGGGUUUUGUCGUUGAGAAAGGGAAAGCCACGGCCAUGUCCGCACUCGAGCAGCUCAGGAAAAUCAGCAGGGUUUUAUCUGAGAUGUGAUGUAUUU